GCGGCAUUACGUAAGGGUGACGUAUCGGCGGCGCCCGGCUCUCGCGAGGGUCCGAGCGUGCCGAAGAUGGCAGCCGUCUGAGACAACGUGUGUGAGCGCCUCCGGGCCCGGUAACGAGACACGAUGCAGCACGACGAUGUGAUCUGGGAUCUUAUUGGAAACAGACAGUUUUGUUCCUACAAAGUCAGAGCCAAAACUCAGAGUUUCUGUCGCAAUGAGUACAAUAUCACGGGUCUGUGUAAUCGUUCAUCCUGCCCACUCGCCAAUAGUCAGUAUGCAACUAUCAAGGAAGAGAAAGGUCAAUGUUUUCUGUACAUGAAGGCAAUAGAGCGAGCAGCCUUUCCAGCUCGGAUGUGGGAGCGGGUAAAGCUGAGUAAAAAUUAUGAGAAAGCUCUGGAGCAGAUCGAUGAGCACCUCAUCUAUUGGCCCCGCUUCAUCAGGCACAAGUGCAAGCAGCGUUUCACCAAGAUCACCCAAUACUUGAUCCGCAUCCGUAAACUGACUCUCAAGAGGCAGAGGAAGUUGGUACCUUUAAGCAAGAAAGUUGAACGCCGAGAGAAGCGAAGAGAGGAAAAGGCUCUGAUUGCAGCUCAACUAGAUAAUGCCAUUGAGAAGGAAUUACUGGAGCGACUGAAGCAGGGGACGUAUGAAGACAUCUACAAUUUUCCUGUUCAUGCUUUUGAUAAAGCAUUGGAGAAACAAGAUGCAGAGAGUGAGUCUGAUUCUUCGGAGGAAGAUGAUGAAGAUGUUGGCCAGGUGGAAUAUGUGGAGGAUGACCAACUGGACGAGAGUGACCUGAGUGACUUUGAGGCCAUGGACAAACUAGAGGACAGCGAAGAUGAGGAGGGAUCAGAGCAAUCCAGCGAUGAGCAGGAAAUGGAGGUAGAAGCCUCCAAAUUGAAGGGCAAGACUCCGGUGAAAGGGCCUAUCCGAAAAAAGCGGCCAUAUGUAGAAAUUGAGUAUGAGCAGGAGACAGAACCAGCGGUCAAAGCCAUGAGUACGUGACCACCUCAUCAGAAGCACCGGUCUUGCUUCUAGUGAAAUGCGGACACUAAGUACAAUGUACAGAUAUUUUAAGCAAAGUAUACGGAAUGGCCUCCUCAUUACUGCAGCAUUAUUGCUGCUUCAACAGGCCUUGGCUAAGGAAAGCUGGAACUAUUUUGUCUCCUUGCAAUGUGACUCAGAUUGGUUUUUGUUUUGACAUUUGUAUAAAAUUAUGAAUAAAAAUGCGAGUGAAUUACCUAA